AUGGUCUACUUUGAUUGCACAUGUACAUAUAGAUAUGGACGCAUCGAAGUGGAACCGCAGCGGUAUCCGCCAUGGAUGUGCACCUUGAUGCACUGGGUCAUGCCUUGCUGCGGUAUCAACGAGCAAAAGGACUGGCCGAACAGUUGCAAUCUGAACCUCUAUCAGGAUGGGAGUGCUUCCGUCGGUUGGCAUGCAGAUGAUGAGCAUCUCUUCCAGGGGAAGAACCGCGACUGUCGCAUCAUCUCCUUAUCCCUGGGCGCCACGCGUAGCUUCGAGCUCCGGAGGAAUUGGUCUGAAGCUGACACCAUCCGGCUUCCGCUGACUGCGGGCGACCUUUGUACCAUGGAGGGGAUGGUGCAAAAGCAUCUCCAGCACCGGGUGCCCCGCGAGGAUCAGGUGCGUGCCCCGCGGAUCAACCUCACGUGGCGGUGGAUUGUGAGGCAUUCUCCUGGCUGCCCCGCACGACGAUCUGUGUGA